AUGAGUCUCGAAAAUGGCCAACACCAGGCUUCUUCCGACGUGGAGAGUAAAUGGGAACAAGACGUGCGCUUUAAGGAAUUAAGGACAAUCUUCUUCAGAUUAAACACUUUCUACACCUUUCUAAUGGCUCGCAAACAUGUUAUAAGUACAUUCGAUACACUGAGAAAACCAGUUGAAAAGGACAUCAAGCGGGAACUUGAGCCUCUGGACUUGGCGAAAAUCGCUUAUUUGCUGCCCAGAGAUGUGGUGUUUAAAUACGUGGAUGCCAACCAAUUCCACACGGAAACUAAACAAUUUGACUUCAAUAAUGGUGGGUUUCAACAAAAGAGCAGCGAUAUAUUCGAACUGAAACCAGAGUCGGCCAAUGAAGGCGAGGACAAUGGGUCCGAUGACCAGGUCUUGAUUUUUGAGUUUGUUGACGGAGACAUGUCACGAAAACUGUCUCGAGCAGAGUUCAAGACGCAGGUGAAAAUGCCGGAAUUCUCACCGGAGGCGAUGCGCAAGAUGAUCUCUCGCAGAAACGCUAUUUUCAAGACCAGUUUGAUGAAGUUUCUGCGACAUCAAAAAACUGAAGAAAAGGGCGGCGAUCCUUGGUUGUUUCUGGAAGCUGUAGCAUCGACGUUGGUGCCGCAAAAAAAGGAGUUUGCAGACCCCAUUGAAGCCAUGGUCAAAGCAAGAGGCGGCCAGGACCAAGCCCGGGUUCUUGUCGAUGCAGAAAAUAACUCCACAAGACUCACCAUGCCCAUACUUUUGAAAAAAUUGGAAAUGUCAGAACUCUAUAAUAACCAAAUCGUCAGCCAUAUGGUGUUGGAACAACGAUUUGCCAGCUUCAAAGAUCUGGACUUUGAAUUGGCACCUGAAGCGCUCAACGCAUUUGAACACAAGACUUUUUAUUCACAUCAAGCACAAGCCCUAAACGCUAUACACGCAGGUGAAAACGUCAUUAUCACUACAUCCACCUCAUCAGGCAAAUCGUUGAUCUAUCAAAUGUCGGCCAUUGACCAGUUGCUCAAAGACCCACUAUCCACUUUCAUGUACGUAUUUCCAACAAAGGCUUUGGCACAGGAUCAAAAGAGAGCUUUCCAAGUUUUGCUGUCUAGAAUACCACAACUGUCCCACGUAAUUGUAGACAAUUAUGAUGGAGACACAGAGGAGGACAAGCGUGGAUACAUUCGCAAAAAUGCAAGAGUUAUAUUUACCAACCCCGAUAUGAUUCACGUCAGCAUCUUGCCGAAUCAUCCCAACUGGCGCCAUUUUUUGAUGCAUUUGAAACUCGUUGUCGUGGAUGAGCUCCACAUGUACAAGGGACUAUUUGGCUCGCAUGUCGCCUUGGUACUACGACGGCUGGUGAGAUUGGUAAAUGGGUUUUAUGAUAAUCAUGAUGUCAAAUUUAUAUCGUGUUCAGCCACCCUGAAGCGACCUCUUGAGCAUAUGAGAGGAAUGUUCGGGAUGGAACAGGUAACACUCAUUGAGGAUGAUGGAUCUCCCAGGGGCGAGAAACAUCUUGUAGUUUGGAAUCCUCCUGUUCUUGCACAACAUGUUCGCAGAAGGGAGAACUUCAUCCAUGAAAGUGCCAAAAUUUUGGUACAGCUGAUUUUGGAAAAUGUGAGAACUAUCGCAUUUUGCUAUGUUCGUCGAGUUUGUGAACUACUGAUGAAGGAAGUUCGAACUAUUUUUCAAGAGAUGAAUAGAACGGAUCUGUUGAAUGAUGUUAUGUCAUACCGUGGUGGAUACUCUCCCUCAGAUAGACGCAAGAUUGAACAGGAGAUGUUUCACGGAAAUUUGAGAGCGGUAAUAUCAACGAAUGCGUUAGAACUAGGUAUCGACAUUGGUGGGCUGGAUGCAGUACUGAUGUGUGGCUUUCCAUUAUCGUUGGCAAACUUUCACCAACAAAGUGGUAGAGCUGGUAGAAGAAACAGAGAUUCUUUGACUCUUGUGGUAGCCGGCGACUCGCCUGUUGAUCAGCAUUACGUCGCUCACCCUGAGCUGCUAAAGGAUGGUGGCAAAGAGGCAUUUCAAGAACUUAUUUUGGAUUUUGAGAACGUUUUGGUUCUAGAAGGUCAUAUUCAAUGUGCGGCUUUCGAGCUUCCGAUUAUCAUUGAAAGAGACCAGGCUUAUUUUGGUAAAGACAUUUUGACAAAAACUUGUGAAGAGAGGCUGCAUCAGGACACCAACGGCUACCACACUCAUAACCGAUUUUUACCAUGGCCGGCAAAGCUGGUUAGUUUGAGAGGAUCUGAAGAAGAUCAAUUUGCAGUGGUAGACAUAACAAAUGGAAGAAAUAUUGUCAUUGAAGAAGUUGAAGCCUCUAGAACAAGUUUUACUCUUUACGAUGGUGGUAUCUUCGUUCACCAAGGAUACCCUUAUCUUGUCAAAGAGUUCAACCCCGAUGAACAUUACGCAAAGGUACAAAGGGUUGACGUUGAAUGGACUACAAGUCAAAGAGAUUUCACAGAUGUGGAUCCCAAAGAGACAGAGCUUCUGAGGUCAUUGAAGGAAAGUGACGUUCCUGUGUUUUUUGGAAAGAUUGUGACUACAAUUGUAGUUUUUGGCUUCUUUAAGAUGGAUAAAUACAAGCGUAUCAUCGAUGCUGUUGAGACAUACAAUCCCCCUGUGAUAAUAGAAUCGAAAGGAUUAUGGAUUGACAUCCCCCCAGUUGCGCUUGAACUAUGCAAGCAAAAGACUCUCAAUAUUGCCGGAGGAAUUCAUGCAGCCCAACACGCCUUAAUGGGUCUUCUUCCGGCUUUCAUUGUUGCUGGCGUAGAUGAAAUUCAAACAGAGUGUAAAGCACCAGAAAAAGAAUUUGCCGAGCGUCAGACUCAACGGAAACGCCCUGCACGCUUAAUUUUCUAUGACUCGAAAGGUGGAAAGCAUGGAUCAGGACUUUCGAUAAAAGCAUUUGAACACAUCGACGUUAUCUUGGAAGGCGCUUUAAAGAGGGUACAGGAGUGUCCCUGUGAUAAUGGCUGCCCUGAUUGUGUGGCUGCAGCAUUCUGUAAAGAGAAUAGUCUGGUAUUGUCAAAACCGGCCUCGUUGAUUAUACUUCACUGCAUAUUGGGCCAUUCACCAUCAAGCUUCAUCGAUGACAUUGAAGAAGGACCGGAGCCCAACUUGCCAGAAAUCAAAAUCGAAACCAUCGUGCCAGCGACGGGUCACGUAAAGUUCUCGCAAGAUUUGCAGAUCAUUGAUGUGAGGACCAUCAAAGGGCAAGCUAGUCCUGUAAAGGUGAAAGAGGAAUCAGUGCCGGAAAUAACGAAAGAGGAGAUUUAG